UCCGGCGCGGGAGUCCCGAGCUGGCUGCGCGCGCUCCCCCGCCCUCGGGUUCUCCCGGUAGCGUGCUCCGGUUGCCAAAGCGGAGGGGAGGGGGGUAUCGCUACGUCGCUGGCGGUGGGAGGCCGUUUCCAAGUGCGGACCGCCCCCCUCCCCUGUCCGCGGGCCCUUGCCGCCCUCCCUUGUUCUCGCUCUGCCUCGGCUGCACGCCGCCGCUGGUGCGCCGAGAAGAGCGCGGACGCCCCGGAGCCCGGCUUGGCCCGGGCCUCUCCCGGCGCCUGUCUCCCCUCACCUAGAGCCGCAGUGCGCGGCGGCGGCGGCGGCGCCACGAGCCCCAGCGACCCGCGGCCGCCGGCGCCGGCCGCGGGCGAUGGGGCUGGGCUGAGGCCAGGCGGCGGCAGCGGCGGCCCACGGCCCCGGCCCCCGGUGGCCCCUGGGCUGCACCGGCCAGGAGGCCGCCAAGGAGACGGCGCGGCGGCGGCGGCGGAUCUGACAGCAACAUCUUUGGAUCUUGGUGUCUGGACAUAGGAGUUGUCUUCAACUGUUCUGAAGUACAAGACCUUCCAAGUCACUGUAGAUAUGGACAAAGAAGAAAGGAAGAUUAUCAACCAGGGUCAAGAAGAUGAAAUGGAGAUAUACGGCUAUAAUUUGUGUCGCUGGAAGCUUGCAAUCGUUUCUCUAGGAGUGGUUUGCACUGGUGGCUUUCUCCUCCUCCUCCUCUACUGGAUGCCCGAGUGGCGGGUGAAGGCGACCUGUGUUAGAGCUUCAGUUAAAGACUGUGAAGUGGUGCUGCUGAGGACUACUGAUGAAUUCAGAAUGUGGUUUUGUGCAAAAAUUCGCUUGCUUUCUCUGAAAACUCAUCCAUUUUCAAGUCCAAAAUCUAUGGCUAAUGUGGUUUCAAAUGGCCAUGCUGUUCUUUUAACUGAAAAUCUGGCUGAAGAGAACAGACAUGAGAUAAGCAAAUAUUCACAGACGCAAUCAGAACAGAUUCGUUAUUUCACUCACCAUAGUGUAAAAUAUUUCUGGAAUGAUACCCUUCACAAUUUUGAUUUCUUAAAGGGACUGGAUGAAGGUGUUUCUUGUACGUCAAUUUAUGAAAAGCAUAGUGCAGGACUGACAAAGGGGAUGCAUGCCUACAGAAAAUUGCUUUAUGGAGUAAAUGAAAUUUCCGUGAAAGUGCCUUCUGUUUUUAAGCUUCUAAUUAAGGAGGUUCUCAACCCAUUUUACAUAUUCCAGCUGUUCAGUGUUAUACUGUGGUGCACUGAUGAAUAUUAUUACUAUGCUCUAGCCAUUGUCAUUAUGUCUGUAGUGUCAAUCCUAAGUUCCCUAUAUUCCAUUAAAAAGCAAUAUAUUAUGUUGCAUGACAUGGUGGCAGCUCAUAGUACUGUGAGAGUCUCAGUUUGCAGAGUAAAUGAGGAAAGUGAAGAGAUUUUUUCUACAGACCUUGUACCAGGAGAUGUUAUGGUCAUUCCAUUAAAUGGGACAGUCAUGCCUUGUGAUGCAGUACUUAUUAAUGGUACUUGCAUUGUAAAUGAAAGCAUGUUAACAGGAGAAAGUGUUCCAGUGACAAAGACUAAUUUGCCAAAUCCUUCAGUGGACAUAAAAGGAAUGGAAGAUGAAUUAUAUAGUCCAGAAAUACAUAAACGACACACUUUGUUUUGUGGGACUACUGUUAUUCAAACUCGUUUCUACGCUGGAGAACUUGUCAAAGCCAUAGUAGUUAGAACAGGAUUUAGUACUUCCAAAGGACAGCUUGUUCGGUCCAUAUUGUAUCCCAAACCAACUGACUUUAAACUCUACAGAGACGCCUACUUGUUUCUUCUGUGUCUGGUGGCAGUGGCUGCCAUUGGGUUUAUCUACACUAUUAUCAAUAGCAUUUUAAAUGAGGUAGAGGUUGGCGUAAUAAUUAUUGAGUCCCUUGAUAUUAUUACAAUUACUGUGCCACCAGCACUUCCUGCUGCAAUGACUGCUGGUAUUGUGUAUGCCCAAAGAAGACUGAAAAAAAUUGGUAUUUUCUGCAUCAGUCCUCAAAGGAUAAAUAUCUGUGGACAGCUGAAUCUUGUUUGUUUUGACAAGACUGGAACUCUAACUGAAGAUGGUUUAGAUCUUUGGGGGAUUCAACGAGUGGAAAGUGCACGUUUUCUUUUGCCAGAAGAAAACGUUUGCAAUGAGAUGUUGGUAAAGUCUCAGUUUGUUGCAUGUAUGGCUACUUGCCAUUCACUCACAAAAAUUGAAGGAGUGCUUUCUGGUGAUCCACUUGAUUUGAAAAUGUUUGAAGCCAUUGGAUGGAUUCUGGAAGAAGCAACUGAAGAAGAAACAGCACUUCAUAAUAGAAUUAUGCCAACUGUGGUUCGUCCUCCAAAGCAACUGCUUCCUGAAUCGACCCCUGUGGGAAACCAGGAGAUGGAGCUGUUCGAACUUCCAGCUAUUUAUGAGAUAGGAAUUGUUCGCCAGUUCCCCUUUUCUUCUGCUUUGCAACGAAUGAGUGUGGUUUCAAGGGUCCUGGGGGAGAAGAAAAUGGAUGCCUACAUGAAAGGGGCCCCUGAGGUCAUUGCCAGUCUUUGUAAACCUGACACAGUUCCUGUUGAUUUUGAAAAAGUUUUAGAGGAUUACACUAAACAGGGCUUCCGCGUAAUUGCUCUUGCACACAAAAAAUUGGAGUCAAAACUGACAUGGCAUAAAGUACAGAAUAUUAGCAGAGAUGCCAUUGAAAACAACAUGGAUUUUAUGGGAUUAAUUAUAAUGCAGAACAAAUUAAAGCAAGAAACCCCUGCAGUACUUGAAGACUUGCAUAAAGCCAACAUUCGCACUGUCAUGGUCACAGGUGACAACAUGUUGACUGCUGUCUCUGUGGCCAGAGACUGUGGAAUGAUACUACCUCAGGAUAAAGUUAUUAUUGCUGAAGCGUUACCUCCAAAGGAUGGAAAAGUGGCCAAGAUCAAUUGGCAUUAUGCAGACUCCCUAACACAGUGCAGUAAUUCAUUAGCAAUUAACUCGGAGGCUAUUCCAAUUAAAUUGGCCCAUAAUAGCUUAGAGGAUCUUCAGGUGACUCGUUUUCAUUUUGCCAUGAAUGGAAAAUCAUUUUCAGUGAUACUGGAGCAUUUUCAAGACCUCGUUCCUAAGUUGAUGUUGCAUGGCACCGUGUUUGCUCGUAUGGCACCUGAUCAGAAGACACAAUUGAUAGAAGCACUGCAAAAUGUAGAUUACUUUGUUGGGAUGUGUGGUGAUGGUGCAAAUGAUUGUGGUGCUCUGAAGAGGGCGCAUGGAGGCAUUUCCUUAUCAGAGCUCGAGGCUUCAGUGGCAUCUCCCUUUACCUCCAAAACUCCUAGUAUUUCCUGUGUGCCAAACCUUAUCAGGGAAGGCCGUGCUGCUUUAAUGACUUCCUUCUGUGUGUUUAAAUUUAUGGCUUUGUACAGCAUUAUACAAUACUUCAGUGUUACUCUACUGUAUUCCGUGUUAAGUAACCUAGGAGAUUUCCAGUUUCUCUUCAUUGAUCUGGCAAUCAUUUUGGUGGUGGUAUUUACAAUGAGUUUAAAUCCUGCGUGGAAGGAGCUUGUGGCACAAAGACCGCCGUCAGGCCUCAUAUCGGGAGCUCUGCUCUUCUCCGUUUUGUCUCAGAUCAUCAUCUGCAUUGCGUUUCAAUCUUUGGGGUUUUUUUGGGUCAAGCAGCAGCCUUGGUAUGAAGUAUGGCAUCCACAGUCAGAUGCUUGUAAUACAACAGGAAGCCUAUAUGGGAAUUCCUCACAUUUGUACAAUGAAACUGAAGAUGAUCCACAUAAUAUACAAAAUUAUGAAAAUACCACAGUGUUUUUUAUCUCCAGUUUUCAGUACCUCAUAGUGGCAAUUGCCUUUUCAAAAGGAAAACCCUUCAGGCAACCUUGCUACAAGAAUUAUCUUUUUGUCGUGUCUGUGAUUACUUUGUAUGCUUUCAUAUUAUUCAUCAUGUUGAAUCCAGUUGCCUCUAUUGACCAGGUUCUUCAGAUAGUGUGUGUACCAUAUCAGUGGCGCUUAACUAUGCUCAUCAUUGUUCUUGUCAAUGCCCUUGUAUCUGUCACGGUGGAGAACUUCUGCCUUGACACGGUCCUUUGGAAGGUUGUGUUCAAUCGAGACAGACAAGGAGAAUACCGCUUCACCACCACACAGCCGCCGCAGGAGUCAGUGGAUCAGUGGGGGAAGUGCUGCUUGUCCUGGGUCCUGGACUGUAGGAAGAAGAUUCCAAAAGCAAAGUACAUGUACCUGGCUCAAGAGCUCUUGGUUGACCCGGAAUGGCCGCCCAAACCUCAAACAACAACAGAAGCUAAAGCUUUAGUUAAGGAAAAUGGAUCGUGUCAGAUCCUCACCAUAACAUAGCAGUGCCGCGUCCGUCUCGGCGGUGUCCUGGUAGCAGUGCUGAACGGAAUGUAAUUUUAGGACUUUCUGAUUCCGUGUGUCAGAAAGGCAUCAUUUCGAUUAAUGUUCCUUCUGAUACAGUAGCUGAUUUGAGAGCUUUGAAAACAAAAGUAAGAUUGGCCUGCCAGUUAAAUUAAUAAUCAAUCUGAAGUCUUUUUUUCUUCAUUCAGUAACUUUGAGGAUAUAUAUAUAUAUAUAUAUAUAUAUAUAUAUACACACACACACACACACACACGUCCACAAUUUUCUUGCUUGUUACCCUCAAUGCUAUUCCUUAUAUGAGGUAUAAGAAGAAAAUUGGUAUUUGGUUUUAGACAUUCGCUUUUGAGACUUAGUUUACACCUUUAAAUUUAUUUUCACAACCCCUCUUAGAAAAUGUCCUCAUUUAUAUGUAGGCCCUAAGUUUGUGAUGGAGAAGUAAAAUGGAUGUUAGCCUCUAGUGAAAUAGGUAAAAACCCUGUUUUCAUUUGAUUCCGGUAUUUCUUCCAAAGAAUUCUGUAUGUACAUACACCAGAUUCCUUUGACAGCCUGGAGUUAAGAGUGAGUUUUAUGGUGUUGCUUAUAGAACAACUCAGGUGAUUUCCACUUAUGGUUUUAUAUUUUCCAUACAAAUUGCCUGGGUUUUAUUUUUCUAAUCAGCAAGGUGCUUCACUGCCUUCUUGAGAUGUCCCUCAAAAUUAUUAAAUGCCUCCUGUGCUGUCUAGUGUCAGUAGUAGUAGUAUAAUUUGCUUCAGUUAAAUGUCGUAAAACCUUUCUCAGUAGGAAAAAAGAUGACUUCUUUCGGCAGUAGAUGUGGAUCUAUCUGUCUAAUAUCUCUUCAUACCUGUUCUGUCAGGUUUUAUAUUAUUUAAGUGCCUUUAUUUUCUGCUUUUUUCAAAUUGCUUAAAGACAUUAGAUAAUAGUGAGUUAGUUUUAUUUUUGUUGUUUUGUUUUAGUUUUAUUGAGUUAGACUUUUGCCUUCUAAAAUUUUAAAGAUUUGAUGUAUGUCUAUUCUAUCAAUACUAAGGCUUAAAAAUGCCUGGUUUAACGACUGCUAUUUUUUAAAACAGUAUGAACUUGGUAAGUUUGUUUUAUGACAUUAGGUGGCGCCAGAAGUCAGCGUUUACCUUUUUUUGAAUUUGAAUUUUAUAAGUGAGCAUAUUUUGUUUGAGGUUGUUUCUGGGAGAAAACAAAAAUGGAAAUAAAUUUCAAUAUUAGAUAUUUCUUAGACUAAAAGAAAUGUGGAUAAUAUUUUCACCUUUCUAUGUUUGCCUGGUUGAUGUUUAAAUUCUGAACAACGUGAAAGUAACUUGAAGAAGGCCUUUAUAGGUCAGCUCCAGCAGUUUGACAAAGCCCGCAGUUACAAUACGCAGGAAAACUGGCACUGCUCUACAGCGGACACUGAACUGCCAGAACUCUGGCGUUCGUCUGUGUUCUUCCUCACCCAGCUGCAUGCAUGUGCUUUCCACUUCCAGCUGAUCAUUUUCCUGAUGUGUACUUACCAGUUUAUCAAACGUUACCCAGAACUGUAGAAUCAACUGGUUCUCAUUUUUUAUGGUGCAGCAACCUGAGUGAUGUUUGGUAACUAUAGAAAAAUGUAAGUUACACUCAGGAUCACCAUUAUUGCUAUUGGCACUGAUGAUUCUUACAGAAAUGCAAUCAGUUUUCCAUCAGAAAAUACAAUAACAGUAUGAACACACAUUAGAUGAUAAGGACAAUUGUUCCAUGAAUGAUUCUAUGAAGCUAUGCAUCUUAGACCUCUUAAGCUGUGAAUUAGCACUGUUUUCUAUAGUUACUUACUCUUUUGAUUGUUUUAUAAUUUCCACAUUCAUUUUCAACAUGUACAAGUGUUCUUCAGUGAUAUCCCAAAAUUGUAAAUCUAAUCUUUGAUUUAAAUACUGAACUAUAUAAUUAAGGUAAUUGCUAAGUAGCAGCUUAAAAACCCAAUUAUCAGAUUGUAUUUAACAUCUUUAAGAGCAUGAUCAUAAAGAGCUAUAUUUUUUACACCCUCCCUUUUUUAACAUUUAGAUUUUAUAAGGGUUUUAUAUCUUGUCUGUCCAUGUUGUUUUAAAAGGAAUAAGGUUUUUAGGUAGAUGGAAAAGCAUCUGUAGGAAAUUAGAUUUGAACGUAGACUAAGUAGUUGUUCAAGUUGUAAUCGAUGGCUUCCAGAGUAGUAUUUGAAGAGUGCCUGUGAAUGUAGGUGUGGGUCUACUCAGUGCCGUAGAUAGAGUCCUCUCUCUGUAGGUCACCGUUACAUAGUAAUUUUGAUUCUGAAUUUCACAUUAAAUUAUUUGAGUGUAUACAGACCUAAAUUUUAAAAUCUGUACAUAUAUUAUUUUGGUGUAUUAAGAUUAAUAAGUAUUGCUGAUUUAAAUUUUAUUUAUGCACAUACUUAAGGACAGAAAUGUCCAGGAAAGUAAUUGUUAAAUAAUGAUAUGUAACUUUUUAACUUUUUAAAUAAAUAACAAGAUUUUUAAUGUGUGUCUCCCUCAGGGUUGUUUAAAGUUUUUUUUUCUCCCUCAAAUAUAAAUAGUGGUAACUAUGUUUUGUAUCUUCCAGCACCAACUGCUAUAAAGCAAUGCUGCAAAUAAUGCUUGAAUAAAAAUGGCUAAGCCAACAACAAAGUGUAUACUUUUUAUAUUAGUUUUAUAGUCCUUGUACUCGAAAGCUUUCCAAAUUGCACGUGCAUUUAAACAAAACUGUUGCGGUUUUUACUCUAUUUAUUUUGUUUUCCCUGUUUAUGAAAAUACUGCACAGUUUCCAAUGCAUGGUAAAAUAUCAGUGUUUAUAUAUUCUGCUUCCAAAAUGGCUAUACAUUCAAUAUUCAGAGAAAAGCAAAAUUCACGCUUUAGAAAACAUUCUAAGAUUUCUUGCAUGUAAUUUUGACAUCUGAAAAUAGGUUUUUGUAUGUUUAUGGUGGGAGGUGGUUGGGAACUUUUAACAAAAUAUGGGAUGUUAAUUUUUGUACAGUCUGGGUAUUUACACAUAUUUUUAAUGUAUUAAAUUUUGGUAAUUAUGUGCACAUUAAAUUAAUAAAUAGUUAACUUUCUGUUAUGAUUUGUUAGUUCCCUAGGACUUUGGAAUUUUUUAAAGAAACUUUAUAUCAGAAAUGAUACCGCAUCUUUAUAUUUUUUAAAUUGUAUUGCUGCUCAAGAAUGGUACCCUGAUGUCAAAAAGACAUACAUUCAUAAUUGUACAUUCAGCACUGUAAAUAACCUUAUGAAAUCUUUUUUGAUUGAAGCUAUUCAAAAUAAAAAUGUAAAUGAAUGAAAUGGUA